CCCCGCUCACUUCAGGGGGCCUUACUCCCAGGGAAGCAUGCCUAGGAUUGCGGUCUCCGUGGGUUUUCGUGGUCAUUUCCCGCGGGCCUCGCUUCUUGCCAAGGUGACCAUCUCGAGGGAGAAGCGAGGCCUGGCUCUGCGUGGAACUUGCUUCCAGCUCCGUGGCGCGCUCGGCCCGAUCCCUGGGAAUGCAGCAGCCCCCUUGCAGUCACAGGGCGACUUCCUACUUCCAAGUAAACGGGUCCAGGCUAGAAAUGGGUUGGGGGGCGUCGGGGCUGCGCUUGUCCCCCCCCCCCCGAGCGAGUCCUAUGUGGCGGUGCGUGUGCUUCUCCCCACAGAGCCAGCCUUCGGGGAGGUGAACCAGCUCGGCGGGGUUUUCGUCAACGGGCGCCCGUUGCCCAACGCUAUCCGGCUCCGCAUUGUGGAACUAGCCCAGCUGGGCAUCCGGCCGUGCGACAUCAGCCGGCAGUUGCGCGUCUCGCACGGCUGUGUCAGCAAGAUCCUGGCGCGCUACAACGAGACGGGCUCCAUCUUACCAGGGGCCAUCGGGGGCAGCAAGCCCCGGGUCACCACGCCCACGGUGGUGAAGCAUAUCCGGACCUACAAACAAAGGGACCCCGGCAUCUUCGCCUGGGAGAUCCGAGACCGGCUGCUGGCCGACGGCGUGUGCGACAAGUACAACGUGCCCUCGGUCAGCUCCAUCAGCCGCAUCCUGCGCAACAAGAUCGGCAACCUCUCGCAGCAGAGCCACUACGACUCCUACAAGCAGCACCAGGGGGCCCCGCAGCCCGCCCUACCUUACAACCACAUUUACUCGUACUCCAGCCCCAUCGCGGCGGCGGGGGCCAAGGUGCCCACCCCGCCUGGGGUGCCCACCAUCCACAGCGCCGUCCAUAUGCCUCGCACGUGGCCCUCCUCCCACUCCGUCACCGACAUCUUAGGAAUCAGGUCCAUCACCGACCAAGUAAGCGACAGCUCGCCCUAUCACAGCCCCAAGGUGGAAGAAUGGAGCAGCCUGAGUAGAAGCGGCUUCGCGGCCACAGCGCAGCACGUCGCGGUGAACGGGCUGGACAAGAGCUCCAUGGAGCCCGAGGCCAAGUACAGCCAGGCGCCGAGUUGUCUCCCCGCUGUUGGAAGUUUUGUCUCUGCACCAACAAUGGCGCCUUAUCCCACGGCAGCGCAAGUCUCUCCGUACAUGGCGUAUAGCGCUGCUCCUUCUGGUUACGUGGCUGGCCACGGCUGGCAGCAUGCUGGAGGCACUCCGCUAUCGCCCCACAACUGUGACAUCCCUGCGUCACUGGCUUUCAAGGGUAUGCAGACAGCCAGAGAAGGUAGUCACUCUGUCACAGCCUCUGCACUCUGAUAUCAGAAACAUGGCAGAACAAUUUGAAGCCAGCCCAGCCCAGUCGCUUUCCUUGUAAUUCCUUCUCACAGAUGGACCUUAUGGGGCUGCUGACAUUUGAAAUAUUUUUCCCCCUUCAUUAAUAAUAAGAAUAAUAAUAAUCCUUGGGGUUCAGUAAGUGUAAAUAACCUAAGAAAGUAAUAAAUGGGUUGCUGCCCCUUGCACUGUUUUGCAUCGAGAAGACCUUACAACCCUCAGAGGGCUAUUCAUUGGUGAAACCACACAUAUUUAUUCUAAGCAACAGGAGCGUCUCAAACGUGCAAUUGUUUCAGAUUUGUGAAAACCCAGUCAAGGAAAACCAGUAGAUAAUGCUACAAUCCUACCUAAGAAAUGCGACCGAAACCAGAAGUUUCUCUUCUGGGUCACUCAAUAGUUCUCUCCCCCCCCCCAAAUAAAUAAAUAAAUAAAUUGUAUGGACAAGUGGAUAAGAGUUUUCGCUAACAGUUGACUUCUUCUAGUAACAAACGAGAAAAGCAAAUGAAUACAUGGCUCUGUUAUUUAUCCUGUAUUUUAUUGUGAUUACAAAGGCAAUAAUACUUUUGUUUUCUAUCUGUAAAUAUGGACCUUGGUCAUAAUUUGUGUUCCCACUACUCGACUCAUUUCUGUUUCCUUUUUGUUGCCUGAAAGGCGACAUCCUAGCCAUGUGUUGUUUUCGUUUCUUAACAAUGGCCUUUACCUUAAACGAUCCAAAUUUUGACAGUUCUUUUGAGUAUAUUUUGGGCACAGGGUGGAGACACCUGCAUCUCAUGAAAAGCAUUUUUGUUUCUACAGCAGAGAACUUAACGUGACCCCCUCAAAUCCCUGUGGGUUGGUUUCAGAGUGUCCAUUCUGCACUUUACAUUUGCAGAAGAGAUUAAGAUCCAAAAAAGGUCUGCUGUAGAAAAAGAGGGGAAAGUAAUUUUCUCCAAUUUCCUCUCCCCUACAGCAUCUCGCACUGUUUCAUAGGGUUUCUGCAACCCUCUGGAGCGACCUUUCAAGGGCCAUGGGUGGGUGGAUUAGCAAAAAUGUCCCCCGUCCAGCAGAAUUAUUCUGUGUUCUGCUCACACAGACUCUGGAUCCAACCCACUUGAGUGUGACUUAUGUUCUCUGGAUUAGGGCCGAGAAAAUUCCUCCAUAUGGUACCCAAUCUUCUGAAAUCUUGAUAUCAUCACACUAAUAUAAAGAUUCAUGGAUGGGAAGGACCUGGACAGAAUGGGAGCUUGCAUUUAAUGUGAAAUUUUGUGCAGAUAUUUUUUUAAAAAAUAAGCCAAGGGCACAAUCCACCAGGAAGUUCUCCUGCCCAAGCAUGGUAGAGUUCUUGUGCACCUCCCAUUCAUUUCAAUGGGUGCUUGUGCAGGAGGUGGGUGAGUUAUGCCCCAUGUUAACCACUGUGAAAGAAAACUGUACUGUAAAUUGUCGGCUUACCUGUGUUCAGUAAUUCCAGCCCAAAACUUUGCUGUCAUUUAAAAAAAAGGAAAAUGAGAAAAGUUGUCUUAAAUUCGUGCUUUAUUGAAUGUAAAAAAAGAAAGACUUUCGGUAAAGUUUACAAUGUUGUACAUAAGCAUGUUUCAUUCGUAGGCAUAUUGGUGGCGGUACUACAGAUAUUAUUUAUAAUGUUAACAAAAUUCCAUUUUUGCAUUUCUGUAUUCUUUAUCAAGCAUCAUUUCACGGCCUUUUGGAUCCCAAUUGCUCUCUUUUACUCUUUCCCCUUAACAGUAUAAUCUUUUCAAGAUGGCCUGUUUUCCUUGGACAAUAAUAAAGUUGUGAAUAUAGUUUCGGAAAGCCUCCUCGAGCUUGCAGAUGCGUGCUGAAGAUUAACCAUGAAAAGGAACAAUUUGAAAAAUGACAUGAUAUUUCCUCGCAUUAUAAAAUAUUAAUAUAUUAUGUAUUUUUGUAAGUCUAGUGCAAUAAUGUAAAGACACAUCAUUCAAUACAGAUUUUGAAAGACUUCUUUAAUAAAAUUAUCUCGGUUUCUUCCUAGCCAUGCUACAUGUACUGCUGAAACAGCAAGAUAAGAUCCCGUCUCUUUUAUGAGAAUUUCAUGCUUUUGUUUCAAAAUGCCAACAAAGGUAGAUUUCUAAGGGACUGCAAAGAAAAUAAUAUGUGAUGUCAUGCCGAUACUUCCUGGGAAACUUUCCAAAACAUUUUCCUACUGCAAUCAUUUAGUCAAAUGUUGAAUUGAGAAUCUUGGUGAGAUAGAAUCAGCAUGAGCAAACAGUCUCCGGGUCACAAUUUUCUUCUAGCACACAACAGAACCGAUUGACCAGGAACUAACUGCAAGUCUGCUUGAAAUGAAUGAAGGGUGUGCGGUUGUUGUGUUUGAUGCGCUGUGUGUAUUACCCUUGUGUGUAUUACCCUUGGAUCAUGGGUCAGUAUUCAUUUUGGCUACAAUAUUAGUGCAGCCAGCAGAACAGCUCUGUAGAUCUGGGCUCUCUCAAGCUACCUUCAAUGAGUUUCACUCAAAAAGGCAGCGUAUGAAUAUUUCAGAACAAAGGAUGACAUCCAAGAGUGUCUGCCAGUUGGCACAAGGGAAGUCUGCUUGCACGAUGGGACCUCCAGUUUCUCAACUCCCCAAAUCUGCUUCAGAGAGUCUCCUAAACAGCCAGAUAACAUUUUAUGGGGGACCAUGUGGGGUGUGGGGGUAGGAGAGGAAGGAGAAGUCGAGCUAUAGAAGUGGAAGCUUGAUUGUGUGAUACAGGAUCUUGACCAAAUACUCAGGAAUAAGUGAUUUGGAUUGCAAUCUUAUGCACGUUUGUUGUUGUUGUUGUUGUUUAGUCAUUUAGUCGUGUCCGACUCUUUGUAUCCCCAUGGACCAGAACACACCAGGCACUCCUGUUUUCCACUGCCUCCCGCAGUUUGGUCAAACUCAUGUUCAUAGCUUUGAGAGCAGUGUCCAACCAUCUUGUCCUCUGUCGUCCCCUUCUCCUAGUGCCCUCAAUCUUUCCCAACAUCGGGGUCUUUUCCAGGGAGUCUUCUCUUCUCAUGAGGUGGCCAAAGUAUUGGAGCCUCAGCUUCAGGAUCUGUCCUUCCGGUGAGCACUCUGGGCUGAUUUCCUUAAGAAUGGAUAGGUUUGAUCUUCUAGCAGUCCAUGGGACUCUCAAGAGUCUCCUCCGGCACCACAAUUCAAAAGAAGCUAUCAACUAUGCUGUGCAGGGCCACCCAAGAUGGACAGGUCACAGUGGAGAGUUUUGACUAAAUGUGAUCCACCUGGAGCAGGAACCGGUAAGCCACUCCAGUAUCCCUGCCAAGAAACCUCCAUGGACAAAAAAUAGGCAUAUGCACGUUUAGUUAGGUAUAAAUCAUAAUGAAUACAGUGAGACGUACUUCUGAAUAAUCCUGUAUAGGGUUGUGCUGCUAAAGACUAAAAUGGGGCUGCAGGAGCAGCUGGCC